GCCCGUACCCCCUAGAAUGGCCAUUUGGUAGAGGAGGUUUCACGACCCAAUACCCCCUUCCAAUCGUCUGCUACCCUCCACGCGGAACGAGACGGGCGAGACGAGGAGCCCGCCGCCUCCUUGAUACGCGCCGCCGGAUCUUCGACGUCCCGCCGCCGCCUUGACGCCGGCCUCCUCCUCUGGCAGCCUGGCGUUGUCCCCAAGAAAAGAAGGAGGUAAUUGCAAAUUCUGAACCGCCAGAUCACGAAGGAGAGCAAGCCUUGCUUGAUUUCCACCCUUCUGCAAUUGAUUGGUCUUUCUAGUCGGCUGAGUCUUGCCUGAUAUUCUCAUGGACUCGUUUCUGCUGAGAUUCUUGCUGGCGGACGAGCAGGUUCUUACUAUGCUUGAUGGGGUUCGUUUAUUGAACACAAAUAACGAUGGGAUUCUUCUAGUGACAAAUUUCCAGUUUCUCUUUGUGAGUAAAGGAGAAAAAAAAAAGUUGGGCACGAUCCCUCUGACUACAAUUGCCAAAAUUGAGGACAUCACGGUGAAUUUAGAACAGUACAACCGAGGGGAAUACAGAGCAAAACAUUACAUCCAGCAACUGAACUUAAACUUGAACUCAGCUAUAACAGAGAAUAACAACAGGGUUCUAUUACAAGGGAAAAUCAAACAGUCUUUGCAGCAGGAGCAGGCUGUAAGGUCUAUUCAAGUAACUGGUUACGACUCGAGAAUUCUUACGUUUGCUGUUAAAUCUAAUCACAAUGAUCAGGGAACUGUAGUUGCAUGUUUGAGAAAAUACGCCAAACCUGCUGAUUUGCGUGGUCUAUUUGCAUUUCGAAAUCUGUCCGUUCCACGUGCCGUUGAUAAUCGAGUCAGCCCUGAAUUUCGGCUUUUGAAAGAAUACCACCGUUUUUUUCAUAAAUGGUUUUCUCAUUCACCAAGCACGAGUUUCGAAAUUCAGAAAGUUUUGGAGAACAAAUGGUGGAGGGUGACUAAUAUCAAUUCUGACUAUUCUUUAUGUCAAACUUAUCCAGCUCACUUGAGAGUCCCAAAAACUAUAAGUGACGAAGAGCUGAAGGAAGCUUCUAAAAGCCGAAAAAAGAUGCGCUUCCCUGCUAUUUCUUGGUGUGACUCUGGCUCUGGAGCUGUUUUGGCACGGUCAUCUCAGCCAAUCGCGAUGAUGGAUCAUAACGAGGACGUGAAACUUGUAUAUGCCUUUUGCACCCCAAGGAUUAAACCCACAGACGAAUUCAGUGUGAACAGAAAAUUAUACAUAGUUGAUUGUCGCCCAUGGACUAGCGCUCAGGCAAAUAAGUUAACACGUGGUGGAACAGAGUCAGCUAGUACUUAUCAAGAAGCUGAGAUUGUGUUUUUAGGAAUUCUGAAUAUCCAUGAUAUUAGAGGCAGUUUUACCGGCCUCCGGGAGUAUGAAUGGCUAAAUUAUAUUCGGAGUAUACUGGUUGGGGCUUCAUGGAUCGCUGAAAAAAUUGCACAAGAAUCAGCUUCAGUUCUAGUCCACUGCAGUGAUGGCUGGGACAGAACAACACAGUUAGUUGGACUUGCUUCUAUCCUGCUUGAUCCGUAUUAUCGAACAUUCUCUGGGUUCCAGGCCGUUGUGGAAAAAGAUUGGUUGGCUUUUGGUCACCAGUUUGCAAAGAGGAUGGGCCUUCCAACACUAGGUGAAAAAGAGCAGCCAAAUGAGAAGGAAAUUUCACCAAUACUAUUGCAGUGGUUGGAAUGUAUUGCUCAGCUGAUGCGCAUGUACCCGUCUGCAUUUGAGUUUUCAUCCAUAUUUCUGGUGGAUUUUAUGGAUGCUGUGCUAUCGUGCCGUUUUGGUAACUUCCUAUGCAAUAGUGAGGAGGAAAGGGCACGUGCUGAUGUCGUGAACUCUUGUCCUUGCAUUUGGGAGCAUUUGGCUGAUAUGUGGGCCUCCUGCGGCAUGGUCCACAAGCACAUGAAUACUUUUUACAACCCAAGCAAAUAUACUGGUGCCAUUGUCCCGCCAGCUUCAGCGCUUACUCCCAUACUUUGGCCUGAAUUUUAUUUGAGAUGGACUUGUCCACUUGAAUCACAAAGGGAGAGCGAUUAUGUGGAAGCAUUGAAGUCAAAGAAGGAUGCUGAGCCUCGAAGCACGGUAGCAGAACUGGAAGGGAGCCAUACAGACGUGGCCAAGCCAAGUGGUGGAAAUUGUAGACUUCGGGUAGUGGGCUCCAAUGUUUUGAUGUGAAGUUGGUGCACGAAAUAGAAAAGCAAAACCUGUUUUAAUUGAGGACAACUGUGAGGAUAUCCCAACAUGACAGAUGUUUCUGUGGCUGUAGGAAGGGGUUGCAGCAACUUACAGUCUUAAACUGGUGUCACUGCUUUCCUCUUUACAUGCCCAUUGAGUUGUCUUGCUACAUGUUGGGAGUUAGUUACAAAGUGAGAGGGCCUGUAA